AUGGCGCUGGUCACCUCGCCCACCGAGCUGGAGUGCCUGACCAAGCCGCUCUUCUGCCGCAAGGGGGCGCUGCGCCAGAAACUGAUCCACGAGGUCAAGAGCCACAAAUUCACGGCGCGAUUCUUCAAGCAGCCCACGUUCUGCAGCCACUGCACGGACUUCAUCUGGGGGAUCGGGAAGCAGGGACUGCAGUGUCUAGUCUGCAGCUUCGUGGUACACAAACGGUGCCAUGAAUUUGUCACCUUCGAAUGCCCGGGAGCCGGGAAAGGACCCCAAACAGAUGACCCCCGGAACAAGCACAAAUUCAAGACCCACAGCUACAGCAGCCCGACCUUCUGCGACCACUGCGGCUCCCUGCUCUACGGGCUGGUGCACCAGGGCAUGAAGUGCUCUUGCUGCGAGAUGAACGUGCACAAGCGCUGUGUGCAGAGUGUGCCAAGCCUGUGCGGGGUGGAUCACACGGAGCGCCGCGGCCGCUUGCAGCUCCGCAUCGAGACGCUCGGCGGGGAGGAGAUCCGCGUCUUCGUGGGUGAGGCCCGGAACCUCAUCCCCAUGGACCCCAAUGGGCUGUCGGACCCCUACGUGAAGCUGAAACUCAUUCCGGACCCCAAGAACGUGAGCAAGCAGAAAACCCGGACUGUGAAAUCCACUCUGAACCCCGUGUGGAACGAGACCUUCCUAUUCACGCUGAGGCCGGGAGACGUGGAGCGGCGGCUGUCCGUCGAGGUGUGGGACUGGGACCGCACCUCACGCAAUGACUUCAUGGGAGCCAUGUCCUUCGGCGUGUCGGAGCUGCUCAAGGGACACGCGGACGGAUGGUACAAGUUACUCAACCAGGAGGAGGGGGAGUAUUACAAUGUCCCUGUGGCUGAUGCCGAAAAUUGUGGGCUGCUGCAGAAAUUUGAGGCCUGUAACUACCCCCUGGAGCUGUACCAGAAGGUGCGCCACGGCCCGGGCCCCUCGCCCACCCCCAGCCCCACGGACUCCAAGCACGGCAGCUUCUUCGGGACCAGCCGCUUCCACAUCUCUGACUUCAACUUCCUCAUGGUGCUGGGGAAGGGCAGCUUCGGCAAGGUGAUGCUGGCCGAGCGGCGGGGCACGGACGAGCUCUACGCCAUCAAGAUCCUGAAGAAGGACGUGAUCAUCCAGGACGAUGACGUGGAAUGUACCAUGGUGGAGAAGCGGGUCCUGGCGCUCAGCGACCGGCCACACUUCCUCACCCAGCUGCACUCCACCUUCCAGACCACGGAUCGGCUCUAUUUCGUGAUGGAAUACGUCAAUGGCGGAGAUCUCAUGUACCACAUCCAGCAGGUCGGGAAGUUCAAGGAGCCUCAUGCCAUGUUCUACGCAGCAGAGAUCGCCAUCGGCCUCUUCUUCCUGCACAACAAGGGCAUCAUCUAUCGGGAUCUGAAGCUGGAUAACGUGAUGCUGGAUGCCGAGGGCCACAUCAAGAUCACGGAUUUCGGGAUGUGCAAAGAGAACAUCUUCCCCGGAGUGACCACCCGGACCUUCUGCGGGACCCCCGACUACAUCGCCCCGGAGAUAAUUGCCUACCAGCCCUACGGGAAGUCGGUGGAUUGGUGGUCCUUCGGGGUGUUGCUCUAUGAGAUGCUAGCGGGGCAGCCCCCCUUUGACGGGGAGGAUGAGGACGAGCUUUUCCAGGCGAUCAUGGAGCACACGGUGUCCUACCCGAAGUCGCUGUCCCGCGAGGCCGUCUCCAUCUGCAAAGGGUUCCUCACCAAGCACCCCCUGAAACGCCUGGGCUCGGGGCCGGCCGGGGAGCAGGACAUCCGGGAGCACGGCUUUUUCCGCUGGAUGGACUGGGAGAGCCUGGAGCGCCUGGAGAUCCCACCGCCCUUCACCCCUCGCCCGUGCGGGAGGAGCGGCGAGAACUUCGACAAGUUUUUCACGCGGGCGGUGCCGGCGCUGACCCCCCCGGACCAGCUGGUCAUGGCGGGGCUGGACCAGAGCGAAUUCCAGGGCUUCACCUAUAUCAACCCCGACUUCGUGCACCUCUCGCUGCGCCCCCCCACCUCCCCCAUCUCCAUGGUCUGACCCGCCGGCUCCCCCCUGGCUUAACCUGCCCAGAACCUGAGCGCUCCCCCCCAUCUACCCCUCACAUGGUCUGACACCCCCCGGGGUUGUGUGCACAGAAAUGCAGCCUCCUGUGGUGUGGGGAGCAGGGGGCGGGUACAUGGGGACCCCUUGCCCGGCCCUAUUUCAUGGCUAUGCAGCAAAACCCUAAAGUUUGGGACAGGAAGUGAAAGAGAAUCUCACACCCAAACACAACUGCGAGCCUGAGUUCAGGAGGCACCGACUGCCAGGGGAGAGCGCCCCCUAUUGAGCCCCCCUCUCCCUGCAGCACAGCCCCCUAGCACCGCCCUGGGGCACCGGGGCCAGCCCUGCCUGCCAGGGGAGAGCGCCCCCUGCUGCCCCCUAGCACCGCCCUGGGGCAUCGGGGCCAGCCCUGCCUGCCAGGGGAGAGCGCCCCCUGCUGCCCCCUAGCACUGCCCUGGGGCAUUAGGACCAGCCUGCCUGCCAGGGGAGAGCGCCCCCUGCUGGGCCCCCAGUACUAAAUAGCUUUGAACCUGUACAUAACCCUGGGGGGAGCUUGAAGGUCAGGGGGGACAAUUACUGCUUUCUCAAUCUCUCCUUAACAUGCCCCCCCCCCCAACAUACUGACCCCCUUCUCUGGUGCAUGGAGUACAUAUAUUUACACCUAUAUUUACAGCUGUAACGCACAGGCCAAUCCACCGCGGCUUUUCCCAUCUGUGCCCCCCAAUGCUCGGGCUGGGGCCCCGGGGUCAGAGUCUCAGACAAUCCCCAGGCUGGAGGAGACACCCUUCCCCCACCCUUCCCAGCCUCAGGCUUGGUGUGGGGCAAGGGCUCACCUGGAGGAGGUGAGGAGAACGGGGAGGGAGCCAGGACUCCUGGGUUCUCUCCCCAGCUCUGGGAGAGGAGUGGGGGCUAGUGGUUAGAGCAGGAGGGCUGGGAGCCAGGACUCCUGGGUCUAGCUUGGCUCUGGGAGGGGAAUGGAGUCUAGGGGUUAGAGCUGUAGGGAGUGGGCUGUUAAUCAGGGCCCCCCCCUGCUCUAACCACUAGACCCCACUCCCCUUCCAGAGCUGGGGCGAGAACCCAGGCGGCCAGGCUCCCAGCCCUUCCUGCAGGAUCAGAGAAUGCAAAGUGAGGGGAGCUGUUGUCCCGAGAUGAGCCCACUCAUAUUCCAUGGGGGGGGGGGUUGUUCUUGGUCCCUGCCCCCCCCAUUCCCUCGUUCAGUCUAGCCCUGGUCUGAGUCUUCCACACCCCCCCAGUCGAAACCCCCCCCCCCGCUCUGUGUCAGGAUGUAAAGAGCCCGGCUGAGCUCCGCAGUUCGGUAUAAAAGGUAUUUAUCCAACGA